GUUUCGGGGAGGAAGGUGGAGCGGCUGGAGGAGCGGGGGAGGGACGUGGGAGGAGAGCGCCGCGGCCGGUCUGGCACACGGCGCGCCGCCUCUCCGCCCCAGAGCUCGGAGCCGGAGCCGGGGCGCCGGGAGCGCGGCCGGGAGUCUCCUCCGCCACCCAACUCCGGCUUAGGCGGGGCUGGGGCCGCCUCCUCCUGAGCCAGGAGGAGCCCUCUCUGCAUAGCUUCCAGCCGGAUUUAUUUUUCUACCCAUCUCUUUGUUCUUCUUCCCCCCUUUUUCAAAAAAACAGUUCUGUGUGUUUGUUCUUUUUCCGCCCUGACUUUGGAUCUCGGAGGCUGCAGUCGGCGCCUCCCGGGCUCCGCUCCGCGGGCUGCCCAUCCCUCCGGCGGCGGGAGGGACGCGCGCCGGGCGUGGGGCUCCGAGAAGAAGAAGAAAAACUUGUCGGAGGGGUUUCGCCGGUCCACACAGUCACCCCCUUUCCGCACACCCCAAACCUGCCCGCGGUGGCCAACCCGAGGCCGGGAAAAGUUCCUUCGGAUCCCACUGCGCUUCGGGCUUUGGAGGAGGCACCGCGCCGGCGGUGGAACCGGAUCUGUGUGAACCCAGCGGAGCGCAUCGCAUCGCGGGGCUCGGGAGGCGACAGGGAGGCUCUGCCGGGGCGGGAGCCGAGUUUGCCGGCCCGGCUGGGCUGCCAGGGGUCUCUCCUCCCCGCGGCGCGGUCUUUGUCCGGGGUGAGGGCUGGGAGGGUCGCGGCAAGUUGCGAAGAGAGGAACCCGAGGUCCGGAGAGGACUGCGCUCCGAGCCCCUGGCACGCCCUGCCUCUCCCGGCUCCCGGGCGUGAGAUCCCAGCGACACCGACCGAGGCCGCCCCGGACCCCGGGGACCCUCCGCGGCGCGGAGCUCCGAUCGCCCCGGCCCGCCCGAGCCCCGGCGCCGGGGAACCGGCGGGAGGAAGAGGAGGCGGAGGUCGCGGCGGCGGCGGCGGCGGCGGCGGCAUGGCGAGGCUCCCGGGGGCCGCCCCGGCUGCUGCGGGAGUUGUGCUGCUACUUUGCCACUUUUUCCUGGGCCGCUUCCAGUUCGCCCACGGGGAGCCUGGGAACCGCAUCAAUGACUGGCAAUAUCAAGUUGGGCAGGCCUUCCCGCAAGCAGGAGAGGAGAUAGAAGUAGACACACAUUCCUUCAGCCACAGGUGGAAAAGGAACACAGAUCCGCUCAAGGCCUUGGACACCAACCGAGCCAGUUUGGGCCAAGACUCCCCGGAGCCCCGAGGCUUCACAGACCUGCUGCUGGACGACGGGCAGGACAAUGCCACCCAGAUCGAGGAGGAUACAGAUCACAAUUACUAUAUAUCUCGGAUAUAUGGUCCAUCUGAUUCGGCCAGCCGGGGUUUGUGGGUGAACAUAGACCAAAUGGAAAAGGACAAAGUGAAGAUUCAUGGAAUACUUUCCAAUACUCAUCGACAAGCUGCAAGAGUGAAUCUGUCUUUCGAUUUUCCAUUUUAUGGCCAUUUUCUACGUGAAAUCACUGUGGCAACGGGGGGUUUCAUAUACACUGGAGAAGUUGUACAUCGAAUGCUGACAGCCACACAGUACAUAGCACCUUUAAUGGCAAAUUUUGAUCCCAGUGUCUCCAGAAAUUCAACAGUUAGAUAUUUUGAUAAUGGCACCGCACUUGUUGUCCAGUGGGACCACGUACAUCUCCAGGAUAAUUACAACCUGGGAAGCUUCACCUUCCAGGCAACCCUCCUCAUAGAUGGACGCAUCAUCUUUGGGUACAAAGAAAUUCCUGUUUUGGUCACGCAGAUAAGUUCGACCAAUCACCCAGUGAAAGUGGGGCUGUCUGAUGCAUUUGUCGUUGUCCACAGGAUCCAACAAAUUCCCAAUGUUCGAAGAAGAACAAUUUAUGAAUACCACCGAGUAGAGUUACAAAUGUCAAAAAUUACCAACAUUUCAGCUGUGGAGAUGACCCCAUUACCUACGUGCCUCCAGUUCAAUGGUUGUGGCCCCUGUGUAUCCUCUCAGAUUGGCUUCAACUGCAGUUGGUGUAGUAAACUUCAAAGAUGUUCCAGUGGCUUUGAUCGUCAUCGCCAGGACUGGGUGGACAGUGGAUGCCCUGAGGAGUCAAAGGAGAAGAUGUGUGAGACCAUUGAGCCAGUGGAAAGUUCUUCCCAGACCAGCACAACAACGCAAGCAACAACUGUGCUAUUUAAGUUCUUAACAACCACCAGAGGAGCAGCGACAUCCCAGCUGCCCACCAGCCUGCCCACAGAAGAUGAUACCAAGAUAGCAUUGCAUCUAAAAGACAAUGGAGCUUCCACAGAUGACAGUGCAGCCGAGAAGAAAGGAGGGAGCCUGCAUGCUGGCCUCAUUGUCGGAAUCCUCAUCCUGGUCCUCAUUAUAGCAGCAGCCAUCCUUGUGACCGUCUACAUGUAUCAUCACCCAACAUCAACAGCCAGCAUCUUCUUUAUUGAGAGACGCCCAAGCAGGUGGCCUGCGAUGAAGUUUCGAAGAGGUUCUGGCCAUCCUGCUUAUGCAGAAGUGGAACCCGUGGGAGAGAAGGAAGGUUUUAUUGUCUCAGAGCAGUGCUAAGGUUCCUAGGACAGAACAGCACCAGUGCUGGCUUACAGGUGUUCAGACUAAAACUUUUCCUAUACUUUUAAGACAAAAAAACAAACACACACAUACACACACACACACACACACACACACACACACACACACACACACAAGAGCCCUAAGCUGCUGUAGCUGGAAGGAAACAAGAAUUUUGGACAAGCCCAGCCCAGGAAGGGUAAAAGAAAAACUCAAACUUACACAAGGCACCACUGGCCACUGAACAUAGAAUUCCUUUGAGGAUGGCAUCUAUAGCUCACCCAGAACAUCUCGUGUGGACUUCCCAGAUUAUGACAAUAUGCCAUCGGCUUAGGUGCAGGAGUGCGUAGGGAUCGAGAACUAAACACUAAUAACGAAGCUUUAGUUCACAAAGAAUCUACCCCUUGGGUUCGUAUAUUCUUCCUGAUGUCUCAAAGUUAACCGUGUUCCAAAGCUUGAACCCUUCCAUCCAAAAGAGCAAGGAUGAAUGUCAAGAUUGCUGAGCAAAUAGCUCAUGCAGGAACAAAAACAAACCCAAAAUAAGAGAUUUUCUAUCUUCUCAUCAGACGUGUGGUCCAAGGAUUGUGUUUUUCUGGUCUACAUCCACCUGUUCCAACAGGUUCAUUACUUUAAAGGAGGAGGUUUAAACUGUGCUUCCCCCUUGUUAAUGAAUGCCUUUUAUGAGCUGUGACAGGAUGUCCAACCUGUUAGCUAAGGGUUAGGAAAGAGGGAGCAGCAAAUGAGGCUUUCUGUUCUCAGAAUAAAACUUCUGGUUCGCUUUACGAAGCGCUGCCUCCAUCUCCCAGCGGCAAAGUCCUAUGAAGCCACAGUUGCUCUUGGCUGGAGGAAACAAAAGGAUAAGUAGCUCCUUAAUGGUUUUUUAAACAAAAAGGCUAAGGGAUUCUAAGUAUAUGGGUAUUUUUUACUUUUAGCCGUUUCAGUACUAAAGGCCCAUUUCAUUGUCGAUUCCCUUCUAAGAAGCCAUUCAAGUCAGCAUAUCCAUGGUGAUAAAAGAAUGAAAGAACCCUGCUGAAUCAUACAGUAAUUUUCUUUAAAGCACAUAGUAGUUACAUAAAUAUAUAUAAAUAUAUUUUUGUUUAUAACUAACACAAGGCAGGCUCUUGUGACUCUAAGAGUGCAUUUUUGUCAUCGAGACAAAACAAAUGCAAGAUGUGUUACUGCAUACUUCCAGAGAGUUGUAAAAUAAUCCUUAAUAUUAGAAUAUUUUUAUGUCACUUAGCAAAAGUGGUUCAAUUGGUUGCAAUGCCAAUCAUCGUCCUGCCAAUUUGAGCCACCAUUUCAUUUAUAUGGACCCCUUCCUCCCUGGCUAAAUAAACCUGAUGCACAAUGCUCCUUAAAUGGAGCUGUCAUUUGCCCUGUAAUGAAAAUCCAGAUCUUGAAAUUUCCCCCUGAACGAAAAUAGAAGGAGGAACGUGUCUAAUAUCUAUAUACUGAGCUCCUAAAGUUUAAAAUUAAGGUACUGUGCAUACAACUUCAUCACAUCUUGACCCAUGAAACUUACAUCCUGUGCCAAGAAGCUGUUGGCUUUAAUAGGGUACAAUGUCUACCAUUUGCAGAUUCUGGUAUCAAGAAGCAGAGAUCUCUUAAACAGCACUUUACUAACAACGUUGUAUACAGUAUCUACAUGGAAUGACAGCAGCUCACUAAUGGUAUCAUAUUUAUCUACACAACUUUCUGGUGUAAACUAGUGCCAUUUUUCACCACAUACAGUUUGUUUUACAUUUGUAAGUACCUGUUGAGGGUGGUAACUUUUUCCUAAGUACUUAGAUAACAAUUGCAAAAAAGUUUGACAGACAAGGUGAUUGGAGGAUGUGAUGACAAUCUCUCUGCCAUAGCUUCGUUCAGUUUGUAUGAACUAUCCCAACUUGCUUUUGUGUGGAGUAGGUUUGAUCAGAUAACGAUAACCAAAUGACUUGCCAAUGUAACUGGUGCAACUGGUAUUCUAUAAAGACGUAAGGGACACUUAGACGAUUCCUUUUAGGAUAAGAUGAUGCUUCUUUCACUAGCUUUUGUGGUAGGUGUGGCUUCUCACAGCAGUUGAUUGACAGUUAUAGAAAUACUGCCUAUAUAUCUAACUUCUUACACAACUCUUUGAAAUAGUAAUGUUAUCCUUAUACUCUCCCAUCUUCCAUUUCUUAUUCAAGAGAAUAGGCAAUUCUGUAACAAAACACAGAAAAAAUGUUCAGUGAACUAAAGCACCAAGUGAUAGAUACAACUUUUGGGAAGGAAAAGGGCUGUGAAGUGUGGGAAAGCUUCCUAACAGAAGUAAGAGUUAAAGGUGGUGAGAUGUUUCUGUUGCAUAUGAAUCCGUUAAUGUUAAGGGUAAAGGCUGGCUGAAUCCCUUUUUUCAUGGAACUUUCAACCUAUUUUAUAUGUCUCUGUUUCUUUCUUGGUGACCAUUUAUUAAAACGAAAGAGCAAACAUACACAAAGUUUCAGGAAGUUCAGAAUAGAUGCUGAUACUUUGAACUGUACAUGUAUAAUAUAUUAGAAAGGGAACAUCUGUAUACUGCUUAAUAAACAAUGAACAUAGAGAGAGAAUAACAAUUUUAAAAAUUAGAAGUAGCAAAGGAAUAUGUGCAAACUGCAGAAAUCAAGUUAAUGGUACUAUACAGGGAGUUACUUAUUUCAUCUUCAUUAUUUGUAAAAGUAAUAUUCAAUGAUUAGAUAAAAGUAUUAAAAGUCAAGAAAAAUACCUUACAUCAACCAGAUAGUAGUGACCACAAUGUUGCUUUGUUUAUAAAGAGUUUGGACUUCCAGAUAUAUUAACAAAUAGAAAACUAAAGAUACAUGAUAACCUACAAUUUGCCCCAGUCAUUAUUUUAGUUCAAGAUACCUAGAGCAUUUGCUAAUCUGUCAUAUGUAGCUUCUAGAGCUGGUCCAAUCUUAUAUUCCCUAGAAAAAUGUGGUUAUUUGAAUGUAAGUUAAUUAACUUUAAUUAAAAAUCCAGCUCUUCACUCACACUAGUCACAUUCAAGUGCUCAAUAGCUACAUGUGGCUUGUGGCUACCAUAUUAGACAAUACAGAAUAUCCCCAUCCUCGCAGAAAUUCUAUUAUAUGAUGCUAUAGAGAUCUUUCCUUCCAACCCUCCCCCCCUUGAGGAAAAAGAAGGAUAGAAAAGAUUUAGUAGUUCUUAGCUAAACUAAGCAUUUUUAUUUCAAAGAGGCAUGAUGGAAUAAUGAAGAGAAAAAAAAUACCAGCUGACACAGCUUUGAGUGUCCACUAUGCUAUUUUGGCAAAAUCACUUUAACCUUCAUGAGUCACAGUUUGCAAUUUGGGAAAAUAAAAAUAUUUGCAUCCUAUCUUUCCUGUAAGAUGAUUAUUAUGCAGAUUGAUUAAAUGCACAGAUGUACAGACUUUUAAAACCAUAAGCCAAUGCAACCCAAAUAAAGCACAGAUCUUGGUUCAGUACCAGCAUACAUUUGCAUGCAGAGGAAGAAAAGUUCAUCAGUCCACAAAGCAUUCAAAGACAAUCAGAUCAAUACAUUUCUUGAAAAACUGCCAAAGGAGAAUACAUUCAAACCAGACACAAAUUACUUAAGUUUUUUUUUUUUCCAUCUUAAUAUUUUCUCUUACUAAUUCCUCUACAUGACUUCUCUCCCAGCCAUCUGUCCUCUCCCACAUGAAAGGCCUCUAUGUUCAUAGUUCAACUGGCUCACUUCUUUAUCAAGUAGAGUUAUUAACAUCUCUAGUUUCUUCUAAUUCCCCAGUUUAUUCUUCAUAGCAAAGUGAGGCCUAGGAGCUGACCAGCAGACUUCUCUUUGCAAACGAAGACUAUAUAUUGCAUAAAAGGAAUAAAAUUAAUUUAAAUUAUGCUAAUAUGCAGGCAAUACAUUUUCUCAGAUUAGUAUAAUUAACUUGUUGGCAAAAAAUUAUUUGUUAUUUCCUCAUUCUGAAGAAGUAUAAGUUUGGUGAUGCUCCUAGGACCUAUUGUAUAUUUGAGAGAAAAAAAUUUUUAUUAGCCAAGUAUGGUUUAAGACACAUCCAUCCCAUGACAAGAAAUGAAUAUUUAAAUAAGAUUAACUGAAAAAAUAUAUCCUGUGGUUAUGGUUUCUCCUCUAUUUUGUUCUGUAUUUCUUCAGACAUUUUUCAGAUAUUUUAUUACUUUAUGUGCUUUUACUAAUUUCAAAAGAUUGCUCUUGCCUUUUCUUUCUCAUCCUUGCCCUCACUCUUGGCAUGAGCAUCUGUAUGUCAGCAUCAUGGGAGGUCAUCUAAUUCAACUUUUUCAUUUCACAGAUAAGAAAAUUGAGUCCAAGAGAGAAAGUAAUUUUCACAUUGUCAAAACCAGAUCUUGAACUUGAAACUCCUGUCAGGUUAUUUUUGUUCCAGUUCUUGUCUAUACUCCUUUGUCACAUGUAAGGUCAACCAAGCAGCUCGGAAGGCACAGUCCUUCUAAAAGCUAGCUUUGUGUGUGACUGUCUGCUCUGUCCUGUAGAACAGUGGACCAGUCUUCCUCUAUCAUGAUGCUGUUUUAAGAAUGGUGCCAUUUUAAUAACAACCUGUGGCUUCAAGUCCUAGCUAUUACAGGGUUUUGUUUGGGUUUUCCUGUUCUUCCCCCUCCCCACUCAUACCUGUUUCUAUCUAAAUUAACAGUGCUAUUUCUCUUUUGCCAUUUAAAAAUUUUCUGCUUUUGUUUGAUUUCUACCCCAGUGCACCUGAAAAUGAAUGAUAUUCAGAGUAUCAUUUAUAUAAUCACAAUUUUUAUUUGCUUUCUAAACUGAAUUUUUUUUUGUCCUAAGAAGGUUUUCUUUUUCUUAACAAAUAUUAUGAGGUCUGCAGCAUUACCUAUUACAUUUAUACUCAUAUUACAUUGUGUUUGUAAAGCACUUUACAUUUUAAACAGCACUUUCAUUCAUUCCUUUAUUUGUUUAUUCAUUUAACCAUUCAAUCAACAUAAAUAUUUAUUGAAGAUCUUGUGGCAUAUAGUACAAUAAAUACAAAUAGUGAUCAUUGUUUGUAGUAUGGUAAAAUCCUCAAACACAAUUUGCCAAGCAGUACGACCAAUAUUAUUUCUCUAUCCAAUUCCAAUUUCCUUUUCCACUUAGAUAAAGAACUAUCAAAUAUUUGCCUGAAGAAAAUUUAUGAAAAAUGGGACAUCAUUGCACUCACAUCUGUGCUAAUUGAGCUAUUUUAAAUAAUCUGUUAAUUUCAUUAAUAAGAAGAAAAUUAUAUAUCCAAAGUUGUCCUGGACACAGGAGAACUUUCCAGGACAUUUGAAUUCUUUCUGACUAAGCAUAAUAGUUCACCUUCUUGCACCAUUAUCUGUUUGCAUUUUUUAAAAUUAUCAACAUUAUAUUUUUUAAGAUUUUCCAGAAGCACCAGUGUAUCAAAGAAGCAUUUGCAGUUUAGGUGUGUGUGGCUCUUUGUCAUUUAUUAGACCAUCUCAAGUGUUCUCAGCUUCAGCACUCUUGACACUUUGGGACUCACUCGUUGUUGGCGAAAGGGGGUGCAAGUCUUCCCAAGCACUAUAGGUGGUUUGUCAGUUUCCAGAGCUUCUAUUGACUGUGGUAUAUGCCAGGAGUGUCUCUCUCUCUCUCUCUCUCUCUCUCUCUCUCUCUCUCUCUCUCUCUCUCUCUCUCUCUCUCUCUCUCUCUCUCUCUCUCUCUCUCUCUCUCUCUCUCUCUCUCUCUCUCUCUCUCUCUCACACACACACACACACACACACACACACACACACACACAAUGCAAUUGUGGCAACUAAUGUCCCUUGGAGGGAUUGGGAAAUCUACUGAAUUAGCUAGUGAGCAAAAUAUAUCAGGAUAAAAAAAGGAAAUUUUCUGUUUUCCUUAUCAUUUAAUGCUUAUCAUGGAUAGGUUUUUUAUUUACAAUAAGACUUGGAAUCAUAAACUCUUUGCAUUAGACAGGACUGUAAAAAGUCACUAGUUCAGCCACAACUCAACAUCAUAUCCUUAUCUAUUUCUCCAUCUCUUGACUUUACAAAUGUUUCAGGAGAAGGUUUGUUAUCUCUGAAAUUUGGUAACUAGAGUUAAGGGUGUUUGACAGUUAUGUUUACUGCUAUAUCAGCUACUGUGGUGCUAAGUUUGUGGACUUACUAUAGUAUCUCAGAAACUAGUAUCGCAGAGACUUUGCUUUGAGGAGUUUUCUUUUGAUCACUUCACACAUCUACAAAUCUUCUUCCUUCAUCUUUGCCUUCAAAACACUCAGAAAAGUUGAAGUUUAGUGUUUCUAAUUUUACGUAUAUCUGGAUGUUCUAUUUCUGAUACUGAUUUUUUUUUUUUUUUUGUAAGGACAAAAAAAGAAAACAGAACAAAAACAAAAUAUUUGACUAUCACAAGUAACUGAAAAGUGGGAGUUUCAGGUCAGGCCAAAGUUUUUACUAAUUUGAUGUGCCUUAUGUCAGUUUUCCUGAAGGGUCAUUAAUUUCCUAUGUGUAAAUCUGAAUCCCAUCCAUUUGUACUUGUGUCUCUUCUGCACCAAUUUAAAUACCUGGAAAAUUUAUACAAAGUCAGCCUCUUGGUAUUCCCACAAAUAAUAACAAACCCCCAACUGGAAUGUCAUAUUUCCCUUUACUCCUUUGCAAAAAUACCAACCCAGACUUUGAAAGCAUUCAUAAUUAUUGGCUACAAGUUGCUAGUAUGGACACAAAAUUAAAAACCUUCAUUGCAAAGUCUAAGGGAAUAGAAUACUGACAAGUGAGCUCUCAUAAGACAAUCAUUGAAAUCAGAAAACCAUAACCAAGGAGAGCCUCAAGUAUAUAUAUAAUUUUCUACUCUACUACUGUUAUGUCAGGCAAUACGAUGUUACUUCAUAUUUUGAUUAAGUGGAUAUUCAAUUUCAAAUUAAAUUGUAAUACAAUUGCCUAGUUAUUGCCUCAUAUAACUUUUAAACUAUUUAGUGCCCACUGUUUUCACAAUGAUUAUUGCAAAGAAGCAAGGUUAUAAUUAUGAGUCAAGUUACCUAAUUUUUUGAAUCCAUUCUCCAUAGAAUUUAUGAAUUACAUCAUCAUUGGCUUCUCAAUGUUAAUUCUUGUUAAUUUUCAGAUCACUGUCUACACUGAAAGAUUUAUGUUCCUUUAAAUCCAAAACAAAAGGCUGGAAAAAAAUAAUGCAGAUCAUAUGCUAGAAUGCAUCUUUUUCUAAUUUCUAAGAUUUAUUAGCAUUUAAGAAUAACUAAGAGAAAUUAUCUCCUAAGGAAAUAUAGUAAAAAUUUUUGACAUGUUGAUUUUUAAGCAUAGUCUCUCAGUCCCUAUGCAUUAUAAAACUAUAUAUUUAUAGCUCCUAUUCAUCACCCAACUAAAAACCUGUUGUGCCUAUGGAAUAGACACAUAGCAUGGAACUAAUUUUAGAAGUUUGCUAUGUGGGGAGAUAUAAAAACAUAUGAGUGCUGGAUGGGGAUCAUUCAGAAAAAAAGUAAAUAUCAAAAUAUGCUACCAAAGCAGAGUUUUCAACUUCUUCAGAGCAAGGUGCAAAUAAAUAUUCAAUUAGGAUCAGCUAAAAUUUAGGUCAUUCAGAUACUAGAGCACAGAUUCUGCAAAUUAUGCUGGAAAUAUAUGACAUACAGAAAGCAAAGGAUGCCCCUAGCUCAUCUAAAACUCAGCCAUCAUCUGCCUGUACUUCUAUGGCACCAAUUAUAAAUCGCUGAGGCCUUUGCUGCAGGGAGAGGGAUCGGGUUACUUAUGGUCAGGGAAUAACCAGAAAGAGACUUGUAUUUAUCUUCCUGUGACUUACAAGGAAUAUUCUUUGGUUCCCUUAUCCCAGGGCCCAAGAGGGAGCCAACCACACCCAGGCAGUAAGAUAUGAUGAAAACAGAAGUAACUUUUCUGAGGAAAAUAUAAGGGCACUUUCCACUAUGACCCCUAGCUGGAUCUUUAUGGAGUUUGGUCAUCACAGGACCCAGACUCAAGGAAUAUUGUCUAGAAAUUGUAGUCGAGUCUAGGUAGUCAUUUUAAAGGUGUUUUAACAAAAAUACACUCAUUUUGUCAUGUUAGUAACAGGGCAAUAAAUUCUCAAAUUAAGUGUCCUCCACCAGGCUACUCUGAAAAUACCAUUAUGUGAAAUCAGAGCUUCUCUUGCUAAGAAAUGUUAAAAUCAUUUUAGGGAAAUGAAUUAAGUUUCUUUAGACACAGACAUUUUGUAUAUAUUAUAACUAAAUCCUGGGGCCCUGUUUGACAGGGGACAGUCUUUUCAGAGAUUGUUCAAAACAAAUCUUUCAUUUGCCUCGUUUGAGGUAUUUGGACAGUGCCUAGGAAGUACAUUAUUUUCUGGGGGGAAAGACAGCCUUUUUUGCAUGCCAGCUGGGAUCAUGGGAACUCCCAAUGCCAGGAAUUUACUACUGUUUCUGGUAAUUCUGCUUGUAGUCAUUUCAAAUGUUGAAGUGUGAAAGGAAAAGUUGGACACCCAGGGGGCUGUCUGUGUCUUAUGCCAGUUGCACCAGCACACAGAAUAUUUGUAAAAGCCUUUUCGAAGUGGGGAUAAUUGUCCCCUUUGUCCAGAUCACAAAGCCCACUGUGGUGCUGCUGAGAGAGAACGCGGCGGGGGGAGAAUCUGACCUUCUAAACUCAGCCAGCCUCAAGCAAGAGGAAAGAUUGUGUGGGUGAGCACAGCGCAUUGCAAGCUAGGUUCUCACUGUUUUUCAUCAAAUCAAGGACAUGUUUUUCAGGUGAAGGUUAAUUUUGCAGAGGUUUUCCAAAACUUAAUUUAAUACGGUGGUUGGAAAACUGUGCAUUUUGCAGUUACUCCAGUCCUCUGGGCAUCUUUUUUGUUUCCUUUUCUAUGUGAGUAAGACAUUCCAAGGCUGAAUUCUUCAUGAAAAAGGAACGAUGCAUAUGCCACGAUGACCUCAUGCUUGAUGUACCUGAACCUGCAAAUGUAAAAAUGAUUGUAUCUAAAUUUGCACUAAUGGUGUCUGAUGGCAGAAGAGGUGUGAUCUCUACUGAAAUCCACUGUUUAAAUUCCAUAAUUCAGAUGCUACAUACUUCUAUAAGCUUCUUGAUUAUUUUCACUGUAAGAAAAAAUUAUCUAAGUUUGAAUGUAUUUCCUUUAAAUAGUUCAUUAAUUUGCUAUCUAAAGAUCCCUAUGAUUGCAAUAAUUCAUUAAGUAUUCUUCACACGGCUUCUUAAGACAAGGUUUUCUACAGUUCUUCUGGUUCUACUUACACUACAUGGGAAAUCCAUUUUUCCCCCUAGUAAUAAUUUUGUAAGAAAGCCAGUGUAUCUAUCCACCACCAUUGUGACAGAACUCAUCUUUAAAGGUCUGGAAGCAGGUGCUGACCAAACGUUACCUAUGUUCUCUCUGUUGAAUGCUAUCUUCAGAAUUAAAUCAUAUUUUGUCUUGUUUUCAUUUUCAGUUGAAGUCAACAAAUUUGGGAUUUUAGAAAGAGGAGAAGGGAACAAUUUGUGUAAUACUGCUGUCAUAUUUAACUACAUAUUAAAACAAUAAAUGAUCAUUUUGUUUUAAUUUCUUAAA